UGCCUACCGCACCCCCACAGAAUGUGCAGACAGAAGCCGUGAAUUCCACGACCAUUCAGUUCCUGUGGAACCCUCCACCUCAGCAGUUCAUCAAUGGCAUCAACCAGGGAUACAAGCUUCUAGCAUGGCCAGCAGAUGUCUCUGAGGCUAUCACUGUGGUCACCAUUGCUCCAGAUUUCCAUGGAGUCCACCAUGGGUAUAUAACCAACUUGAAGAAGUUUACUGCUUACUUCACAUCAGUGCUGUGUUUCACCACUCCUGGGGAUGGGCCUCCAAGCACUCCUCAGCUUGUGUGGACUCACGAGGAUAAACCAGGAGCUGUGGGACAUCUGAGUUUCACAGAGAUUCUGGACACAUCUCUCAAGGUCAGCUGGCAGGAGCCCCUGGAGAAAAAUGGCAUAAUUACAGGCUAUCAGAUUUCCUGGGAGGUGUAUGGAAAGAACGACUCUCGUCUCACACACACUUUGAACAGCACAACCCAUGAGUAUAAGAUUAAAGGCCUGUCAUCUCUCACCACCUACACCAUUGACGUGGCUGCUGUGACUGCUGUGGGCACUGGCCUGCUGACUUCAUCCACCAUUUCUUCUGGAGUGCCUCCAGAUCUUCCUGGUGCCCCAUCCAAUCUGGUCAUUUCCAACAUCAGCCCUCGCUCAGCCACUCUUCAGUUCCGGCCAGGCUAUGACGGGAAGACGUCCAUCUCUAGGUGGAUUGUAGAGGGGCAGGUUGGAGCCAUCGGCGAUGAGGAGGAAUGGGUCAGCCUCUAUGAAGAGGAGAAUGAGCCUGACGCCCAGACACUGGAAAUCCCAAACCUCACACCCUAUACUCAAUACAGAUUUCGAAUGAGGCAAGUGAACAUUGUUGGUCCAAGCCCCUUCAGUCAAUCAUCUCGGGUCAUCCAGACUCUGCAGGCCCCACCCGAUGUGGCUCCAAACAGCAUCACAGUCCGAACUGCCAGUGAGACCAGCCUGCGGCUCCGCUGGGUGCCUCUGCCUGAUUCCCAGUACAAUGGGAACCCCGAGUCCGUGGGCUACCGAAUUAAGUAUUGGCGCUCAGACCUCCAGUCCUCAGCACUGGCCCAAGUCAUCAAUGAUCGACUGGAGAGGGAGUUCACCAUCGAGGAGCUGGAGGAGUGGACUGAAUACGAGCUGCAGAUGCAGGCCUUCAACGCCGUUGGGUCCGGGCCGUGGAGCGAGGUGGUGCGGGGCAGGACACGGGAGUCAGUUCCUUCUGCUGCCCCUGAAAACGUGUCAGCUGAGGCUGUUAGCUCGACCCAGAUUUUACUGACAUGGGCUUCUGUACCUGAGCAGGACCAGAAUGGUCUCAUAUUGGGUUAUAAGGUUCUAUACAGGGCCAAAGAUCUGGAUUCUGAGCCCAGGAGUCACGUCGUGCGAGGGAACCAUACGCAGUCAGUGCUGCUGGCGGGCCUGCGCAAGUUUGUGCUGUACGAGCUCCAGGUGCUGGCCUUCACCCGCAUCGGGAACGGGAUCCCCAGCUCACCCAUCAUCAUCGAGCGCACCAAAGACGACGCCCCAGGCCCACCAGUGAGGCUUGUGUUCCCUGAAGUGAGACUCACCUCAGUGCGGAUCGUAUGGCAACCUCCGGAGGAGCCCAAUGGCAUUAUUCUGGGGUACCAGAUCGCCUACCGCCUGGCCAGUAGCAGCCCCAACACGUUCACUACGGUGGAGGUCGGCGCCACUGUGCGGCAGUUCACAGCCACCGAGCUGGCCCCGGAGUCCGCAUACAUCUUCAGGCUGUCUGCCAAGACGAGGCAGGGCUGGGGGGAGCCUCUGGAGGCCACCGUCAUUACCACUGAGAAGAGAGAGCGGCCGGCGCCCCCCAGAGAGCUUCUGGUGCCCCAGGCAGAAGUGACUGCACGCAGCCUCCGGCUCCAAUGGGUCCCGGGCAGCGAUGGAGCCUCCCCGAUCCGGUACUUUACUGUGCAGGUGCGAGAGCUGCCCCGUGGAGAGUGGCAGACCUACUCCUCGUCCAUCAGCCAUGAGGCCACAGCCUGUGAAGUCGAAAGGCUGAGGCCCUUCACCUCCUACAAGCUGCGCCUGAAGGCCACCAAUGACAUUGGGGACAGCGACUUCAGUUUGGAGACAGAGGCGGUGACCACACUGCAGGAUGUUCCAGGAGAGCCUCCAGGUUCUGUCUCAGCAACGCCGCACACCACCUCCUCUGUUCUGAUCCAGUGGCAGCCCCCCAGGGACGAAAGUCUGAAUGGCCUUCUUCAGGGAUACAGGAUCUACUACCGGGAGCUGGAGUAUGAGGCUGGGUCAAGCACAGAGGCCAAGACACUCAAAAGCCCUUCAGCUUUACGAACCGAACUCACAGCCUGUGCUCCACCACAGUCCAAACCCUGGCACAGCUCUGAGGAUAGUCCAGCUGCCAUCAAGCCCCCCAGGGACGAAAGUCUGAAUGGCCUUCUUCAGGGAUACAGGAUCUACUACCGGGAGCUGGAGUAUGAGGCUGGGUCAAGCACAGAGGCCAAGACACUCAAAAGCCCUUCAGCUUUACGAACCGAACUCACAGCCCAAAGCAGCUUCAAGACCGUGAACAGCAGCUCCACAUUAACAACGUAUGAAUUAACACGUUUGAAGAAGUACAGGCGCUAUGAAGUGAUUAUGACCGCCUAUAACAUCAUCGGCGAGAGCCCAGCCAGUGCACCCGUGGAAGUCUUUGUUGGCGAGGCAAUGCUCAAACUGUACCCGCAGAACGUCCAGGUGACCCCACUCACGGCCAGCCAGCUGGAAGUCACAUGGGACCCACCGCCCCCCGAGAGCCAGAACGGGAACAUUCAGGGCUACAAGAUAUACUACUGGGAGGCAGACAGCCAGAACGAAACAGAGAAAAUGAAGGUCCUAUUCCUCCCCGAGCCCAUGGUAAAGCUGAAGAACCUGACCAGCCACACCAAGUACCUGGUCAGCAUAUCUGCCUUCAAUGCUGCUGGAGACGGACCCAAAAGUGACCCCAGGCAGGGGUGCACCCAUCAGGCUGCUCCAGGGGCCCCCAGCUUUUUGGCGUUCUCAGAGAUAACGUCUACCACACUUAACGUCUCCUGGGGUGAGCCGACCACAGCCAACGGCAUCCUGCAGGGCUACCGAGUGGUGUAUGAGCCCUUGGCACCUGUCCAAGGGGUGAGCAAGGUGGUGACAGUGGACGUGAAAGGAAACUGGCAGCGCUGGCUAAAGGUGCGGGACCUCACAAAAGGAGUGACCUAUUUCUUCCGUGUCCAAGCACGGACCAUUACCUACGGGCCCGAGCUCCAAGCCAAUGUCACAGCUGGGCCAGCAGAGGGGUCCCCGGGUUCCCCUAGAGAUGUCUUGGUCACCAAAUCUGCCUCUGAACUGACCCUGCAGUGGACUGAGGGAAAUGCUGGCACCGCCCCCACCACGGGCUACAUCAUAGAGGCCAGGCCCUCAGAUGAAGGCUUAUGGGACAUGUUUGUGAAGGACAUUCCCCGGAGUGCCACAUCCUACACCGUCAGCCUGGAAAAGCUCCGGCAAGGAGUGACCUAUGAAUUCCGGGUGGUGGCUGUAAACGAGGUGGGCUACGGAGAGCCCAGCAGCCCCUCCACAGCGGUGUCAGCUCAAGUGGAAGCCCCGUUCUAUGAGGAGUGGUGGUUCCUCCUGGUGAUGGCGCUCUCGAGCCUGAUCAUCAUCCUGCUGGUGGUGUUUACUCUGGUCUUGCAUGGACAAAAUAAGAAAUACAAGAACUGCGGCACAGGGAAGAGCAUUUCCAAUAUGGAGGAGUCUGUGACCCUGGAUAAUGGCGGAUUUGCUGCCCUGGAGCUCAACAGCCGCCACCUCAAUGUCAAGAGCACCUUCUCAAAGAAGAAUGGGACCAGGUCCCCACCCCGGCCGAGCCCUGGUGGCCUGCACUACUCAGACGAGGACAUCUGCAACAAGUACAAUGGCGCUGUGCUGACCGAGAGCGUGAACCUCAAGGAGAAGUCAGUGGACGCAUCGGAAUCCGAGUCUCCAUCACAGGCCAUCUUCGAGUUUAGGCAUGCACCUCAUUUUUCCCCUGCCUUGAACAAGGAUCAGACGAAAGAUGAAGGCUUAUGGGACAUGUUUGUGAAGGACAUUCCCCGGAGUGCCACAUCCUACACCGUCAGCCUGGAAAAGCUCCGGCAAGGAGUGACCUAUGAAUUCCGGGUGGUGGCUGUAAACGAGGUGGGCUACGGAGAGCCCAGCAGCCCCUCCACAGCGGUGUCAGCUCAAGUGGAAGCCCCGUUCUAUGAGGAGUGGUGGUUCCUCCUGGUGAUGGCGCUCUCGAGCCUGAUCAUCAUCCUGCUGGUGGUGUUUACUCUGGUCUUGCAUGGACAAAAUAAGAAAUACAAGAACUGCGGCACAGGGAAGAGCAUUUCCAAUAUGGAGGAGUCUGUGACCCUGGAUAAUGGCGGAUUUGCUGCCCUGGAGCUCAACAGCCGCCACCUCAAUGUCAAGAGCACCUUCUCAAAGAAGAAUGGGACCAGGUCCCCACCCCGGCCGAGCCCUGGUGGCCUGCACUACUCAGACGAGGACAUCUGCAACAAGUACAAUGGCGCUGUGCUGACCGAGAGCGUGAACCUCAAGGAGAAGUCAGUGGACGCAUCGGAAUCCGAGGCCACCGACUCCGACUACGAGGACGCGCUGCCCAAGCACUCCUUCGUCAACCACUACAUGAGCGACCCCACCUACUACAACUCGUGGAAGCGCCGGCCCCAGGGCGGCCGCGGCCCGGCGCCGCACAGAAGUGGCAUUUUCAAAGGCUUGCCUGCCAUUGCUGUCGAGAACCCAGGGCUUGUGUGA